UUCAAUUGAAGGGACCGUAUCGCGAAUACUACAGCAGUGGCUGGAGUUGAAGACACAUUUUGGUAUUACUAGCAAUUCUGAAAAAUGUCAUAAAGCAGAAAUUCUGUACGAAAUGUAUAAAGAUGAACGAAAUUAUCUCUACCUUCUGUUUUUGAGGCCAAUACUUGCCGAGUUACUUGCUCUUAAUAAUAGCUUUCAAAGUAACAAUACUGACCCGACGAAAUUACUUAAAGACUUUGCAGUUGUAAUUAAUUCUUUAAAAAGUAAAAUCAUUAGCCCAGAUAAUGAUGUUGAUGUAAUCUCGAUUGAUUUUGAGCAAUAUAUCAAUAAAAGUUGCUAUUUGGGAUAUAACUUCGAAAAGAAAAUAUUAGAGAUGAAAUCCUCCUCUGGGCUAACCGAGGAAUCAGAAAAAUAUAUAAGAACAAUAUGUACAAAUUUUGUAGUAGUGCUUAUCAACCAACUAAAACAAAGGUAUAAUAGUAACAUGCACAUAUACAUACGUAUUAAUAUAAAAUUAUUUGAAAAAUGUUAUUAUUGCAGGUUACCAGAUAAUUUCGAUACGAUUAAAAAAGUUAAUAUGUUUUCAGUGGGCAAUGUUUUACGUGCAUCGCAUGAGGAGAUAGAAGAUGUUUUAAAACAUUUUAAUUACAGUGAUGAUAUGAUAGAAAAAAUUAUAAUUCAGUAUAAUAGAAUUAAUUUUGUAAAAUGGAAUAAUAUAAGCAAUACAAUGCAAUUUUGGGCAGAAGUUCAAACUUAUACGGAUGCAGGUGGUAACAAAUUGUUUUCCGAUUUGGCGGAAUUUGCACUUCAUUUACUUUCACUACCUUGGUCUAAUGCAGACGUGGAACGAUUAUUCAGUCAGCUAAACUUGGUGAAAACAAAGCUACGCAACAGUAUACACUUAAUUACUAUAAAUGCUAUAUUAAGUAUAAGAUACGGUCUUAAAAGGCAUAAUAAGUGCUGCACAGACUAUGAAAUUCCAAGAAGUUAUUUAAAGAUGAUUGGAACAAAUAAGGCAUACGAAAACGAGAGUAUCGAUUAUAAUAAUCAGUCCGAUGAUAAUUUAUAUAAAAUUAUAAAUGAGUUGUAACCUGCCUAACUUUUGUGAAAACUGAAAGUUUAGUUAAAAAAUAACGUUCGACUGAAAUUUUCAUA